AUGUUUACUCUUUUAAACAAUAGAAAUUCUAUAACUUUUUUAUUGACUAUAUUUUUAAUUUUCAUAAAUGUUUCAUUUGCUUAUUACUUUGAUAGUUUUGAUGAUUAUCCAGUAAAAGUUAAUCAAUUGGAAAUGUACAAAAAAAUUCAUUCAAAACCACAAAGUAUGUAUUUUUUUUAUCCAGCUAGAUUGAACUGGGCUGUAGAUAAAACCAAUUUUAUUGAAAAUAAAGGAGAUAUAUCAUCCAAUAAAAAUAAAAGAAGUAAUUUAAAUGAAAAUAAAAGUGAUGAUAAUGAGUCAAUUCUUAAUGGACGUAAUAUUCGUUCACCUUUAGGUACUAUGAGAUUUGGAAAAAGAGGAAAAAUUUAUGAUAUACCUAUGUCAGAUGAAGAAUUUAAUAGUUGGAUUAUUUAUAACAAAAGAACAGCUAAACCUAAUCCAUUAGGAACAAUGAGAUUUGGAAAAUAA